GACUGAACCUGCCGGCGGCGAAGGUUCAGCAUUUAGUUCCGUCGUCCAGAGCUCGGCACACAGAACAGCUACCGUGGGUUCAGACGCUAGAGUCUCGUUAAAAGAUCAAGAUGGUUUUCGAAUUCUUUGUGAUGACUACCAUAAAAUUGAACAAUUUACUUCCAAAUUAGUUGGGGGAGAUUGUGGGAAAAAGCAUGCACAUAUAUUGAUGAGAUAAUGGAUUCUGAGAGUAAAAAAGAUGUAGAAGUAUUUGCCAAGGAAAUAGCUGAAUAUAUGAACACGAUUGAUCUAGAGAAUGAUGAUAUCGAAAUGUGGUUUGGUGCGUCCAAAGGGAACAACCCUCGCCUAUUUUCGGUCAUGGUUCGACCGGGGAGGAAGCAAUCAGUUUUGAAGGAACUGUUGUCCAAAAGUAGAGGAGGAAGAGAUGUCUACUCCAGCGGAUCACAUGGUGCUGCUUCUGCCCAAUUCCUUAUACAUUCGAAUACGCAGGGUACUUUACACCGUCUUACCUUGGAUGCAAUUAUUCCACAUAUUAAGUUUGGAAUACUUGUGGGGGCGUUGGACGACAUAUGGAGCGGUGGACGCCUAAGAGUGUGUCAUAUAAGACCAGGUGGUUCAGAUGUGCUAUGCGACCAAAGAUUAAUUGAGGCAUAUCAUGAUUUUUUCGAUGAGGUUGAACGUGAUGGAAAAAGCAUUUUGGUGUUCAUUCCCAAAGAAUACAAGCCUCUCACAUCCCGCAAUGUCGUUGAUUAUUUCAGAGAUUUGAGUGACAGGGGAAAGGCUAUGUCUACUGCUUAUCGAUUAGGAGUGUUGGGGGAUGGGAACUACCUCUACAGAUUGAGGGAUGAUAUGCAAUUGGACGGAGCAUGACAAAUAUAUUUACGCCCAACCCCCUUCAAAGAUGUUAAUUGCUACUCUUUUGGCAACUUUCUUGGAUAAAGAUGCAAUGGAUGAAACUUUAAAAGUAACUGAAGGGGCGAAAGAAGAACGCUGAGGUAAUUUCCAGGCGUGCGCACAUGUGGAUCGAGCACCCCAUCCUGAGCUAAUUUCCAGUUGUGGACAUGUCAUUUUUCCCCUAUGUGGCAGCCAGAGUGAAUGGAAAUUUGUUUAACGUCCCAGCCAGAUAGGAUCGAGAAUCAGACCUUUGCAUCAGUCUCCCAACUUGUAGAAAACACUGUGCCGCCGCCGCUGAGUCUCUCAAAUCGCAAUUACUCGCCGGUUACGCAUCAAAUUAGUGGUCGGUUACAUACGAAUGUCAGGGGUUUUGUGUUUCCUGCCUUUCCCGCUGCCCUCUAUCCGAUUGCAGUUUACUUGGCAAGAAGAUGGAUGAUCACAUUGCUAUCCAGAGACUGACACGGGAGUCAAGCAAUUGUGCGAU